AUGCUGUGUCGUAUGCGUUCGGCUAGGUCGGUUGCCCAUAGAGGUGUUGGUGUAGUAGGUAUGGGAUUGUUAAGGUCACGAGGAAUGGUUAUCCUGGCUGGUAACUCCCAUCCAGAGCUAGUGAAAGCUGUAUGUCAACAUCUCAAUGCUCGGCCUGGGAACUGUUCAGUGUUUUUUCGGUCAAGUCGUGAGACAGAGGUGGAAAUACGAGAGACUGUUAGAGGUCGGGAUGUCUAUAUAAUUCAAUCAGGUACUAAAGACGUCAAUAACGAUAUCAUGGAGCUCUUGAUUAUUGCUUAUGCAUGCAGAUCAGCUUGCGCUCGUAAAGUUAUUGCAGUGGUGCCAUACUUGCCAUAUUCAACACAGAGUAAAAGAAGAAAACGGGGUCCUAUCACCAGCAAACUUGUGGCCAAAAUGCUUUGUUCAUCAGGAAUCAACCACUUGAUCACUCUUGACCUGCAUUCUAAGGAGAUUCAGGGUUUUUUCGACGUUCCUGUUGAUAAUCUUCGCGCCUCACCAUUUCUGACAAAGUAUAUUGAGACAUACAUUGCUGAUUAUCGAAAUGCUGUCAUUGUUGCUCGGAAUCCUGGGGUUGUACCGCGAGCUACUAGUUAUGCAGAACGUCUGCGUUUGCCACUAGUCGUUAUUCAUGGAGAAGAGCGAGAUGAAAGCGAUAACACUGACGGUCGUAAUUCCCCACCAUUGGAUCAAAUUGUUACUGAGAAAAGACCUACACAAAUUGGCCUUGAACUAUUGCCAAUGAUGAUACCUAAAGCCAAACCACCUUUAACCUUAGUUGGAGAUGUGAAUUCAAGAAUCGCAAUCAUUAUUGAUGAUAUUAUAGAUGAUGUAUCGAAAUUUGUUACUGCAGCUGAAUUGCUUCAUGAACGAGGUGCAUACAAGAUAUUUGUUAUUGCAACUCAUGGUUUGCUUAGUCUAGAUGCACCACGUCUACUUGAAGAGAGUCAUAUAGAUGAAGUGGUUGUAACUAAUACAGUACCGCAUGAAUUGCAAAAAAUGCAAUGUCAUAAAAUUCGUACAGUUGACAUAAGUCCAUUAUUAGCUGAAGCUAUUCGACGUAUUUAUAAUGAUGAAUCAAUGUCUUACCUUUUCAUGAAUGUGCCUAAAGAUGAUUAG